UGAUAUAAUAAUAUCAAAGUAGGUUUAAGUGCGCAAAAUAAACGUUUUUCCGUUUACCAGCACUCAGGCUGAUUGGGCUUUAAAUAAUGUAUUCCAGGAUAAAAAUGAGCUGUUGCCAGUGUGCUGGAGGAGUCCUGUGCAGGUAUUUGAGUUCAGCCGAAGUAUCGACGGCGCUGCGGCCUUUUUACUUCAGUGUACAUCCAGACUUGUUUGGAAAAUAUCCAGAACAGAGAAAGAUAAAUGAAAACUCAUUACAACAAUUAAGUGCUCUAAUAGAGGCACAGCAAUCUAGUCAAAGAAUGUCUAUACCUCCACUAUCAUUUUACUUAAGGCAAAAGGAUAUGGCAGAAGGUGAAUUCAAACUAGUCAGAAUCCAGUUGAACAGCAGUGAUGUUAGGGAAACAGUUGUAAAAGUUUUGAGUGCAUGCGAUAUAUCUACAAAAUAUAUUGAUAAGAUACCAAGGAGUCCACAGAAGAACAAUACUUUUAGUAAGGAAAACUUUACAAAUGCAUAUAAAGAAUACAGUGUUGAAUUUGAGAAAGUUGCCCGAAUGAAGAGAAAAGUUCAGGAAAAGAAAGCAGUUGAAAAUCUCAUAGAGUGGAUCUACGACAAUAGUGCAACAGCAAGGAGUAAAUAUGAAGCAACAAGUGCAACCAGGGACCAAGUGAAGAGCUUAAUGGACAACCUAUGUAGUACUUAUGGUAUAAAAGAAGUAAAAUAUGAUAGUGGUUGGAAUAUUAGCCAUAUCAGAGGUGCGCUACAAAGCCUGGUUGCGUUGGCCACGCAACAUUCGCAACAUAUGAGUAAUUUAACAGGUAGAACCAUUGCCUUAGGACAAUUUACUGGCGUAAGCUUAGAUGGUGAUGUUUUCCUGAAUAUAAUUGACGUAAGAAACGAAUGGCUCUCGCUUAUUAAAAAGGUUAGCCAAGAAGAUAGUGCUCUGACACAAAUACCACACUACGAAGAGGCUUUGUCCAGUAUACUAAGGAAUAUACACAUUUGUAGACGGAAAUUCAUGCCAAAAGUGUCCGCUCACCAGUACUGCAGCCACCUGAGGCAGCUCAUCACAUCCAUCGGGGACUUUUACGGGCGGGGGAAGAAGAUCCCUGCCUCGGUGCCAGAAUCGCUUAGCAAGUACGAGAUUGUGGUUGAGCCAGAGGCCGGUCCCCUGAUGCUGUCACCCACGGGCCAGUUCAUCACGCCGGCGUCCUGCCCGGCCGACGAGCUCAUCUACUUCAUCAGCAACCACCUGGACGAAGCCAUGCUGCUCCUGACUGAGUACAGCAUCAACAAGCAUGUGGAGAAGGCACUUUACAAAGAAGUAAAAGAUCGGUUCGGCCUCCUCGGGCUGCACAAGGACGACAGCAUCACGCCGGCGCUCAUGAUCCUGUGCUGCCAGCGGCUGCUCACGCGCAUCGACAACAUUCAUAUGAAAUUACAAGGAAAUAUCUUAUACGUCACACAUUACUACUCGGUACUAACGGAGGGCGUUUUAUGCAUACCUUGGAACUUCAAAUAAGACCUUUGCAUACUUAUACC